CUAUCUUCUUUCCUUCUUGAUGGACUUAGGACGAGGCUUGAAGACAAUCUCCACAGACUCGUCGUCAUUCAGGAGCUUUCAGCGAACCCGUCGAUUCCGAUUAGUUGCAAUUGUGAUCUAAAACGAAGGGAAUACUCGCGAACUAUCUUACUUCUUCUUCCGGACUGUCAUCUACAUCCCAAUCUUGGCGUGGAGUCCAAUCUGUGAAGGGCAGUAUUAGAUUCGGAGAUUCGCGAAUUUAGAAACUUGGUGAAGAUCUUUCGUCAACAACAGGUCAAUCGUCCACGCGAAGCCACACAAGAUCGUCUCCACCUAUCGCAUGCGUAGUUCCCAGUUGACUGUGACCGAAGGCUUGACAUUCAUUCUUGACACGAAUUUCUGGAGUGCGUGCUUUGUGGAAAAUACCCACGAGUUCCUGCUGAGAAAGACUUCUGCACCAAUUGUGAACCACUCUGCGCUACAUGCCAGUAGCUGCAUUGACAGGCCUGGUCUUGGUGGCUUGCCCAGGAAGCAGUAAUCAUCCCCAUGACGCAAGUAAUCCUUGUAUAGUGUUGCGUCGAUUAUCGCAUGGCUGGAUACAACUGCGUACUGGGCAAUCAUGACUUUCACCUCCAUUGAGAAACCAGACAGGCUGCGGCCGCUGAUCACUGGCGGCAAAUUUUGCUCAACGGUCGAGGAUGUAUUGCAGGCGCAUCUUGUAGGUUAUGGGACGAACAGUGUUGAGGCCAACGAGUCAAUUGUGGGAGAUGGUGGCAAUCUCUUCGACACUGGGAAACUUGUGGUGAUGGCUUGUAGGUAGGUCUCGGGGGAGGUUUCGAUUCUGCAGGCUUCGUUGAUCGCGAGAACAUGGUCUUGGAGUUGGGUUGGUAUGAGUGCCGGGCUAAAUUAUGCUUGUUUGGGGGAGCCAUCUUGUUGUCUGUCAGCUCGUCCCUCGCGCCUGGGACGUAGGAGUACUUACGAUUGCGCCCUUAUUGAUGAUGGUGAGUAAGGAGGGAGAGCAAGGGAAUGGCGAUAGUUGUCAUUAUGGUGUUCUCUGCCUUGCGGCGAGAAGAGAGAAAGUCGACAGCGAGCUGCUAAGCUUGUUUGAGGGUGAAUUUGAGAUAGCAUUUGGCGAUGAAGGUAAGGUGAGUUGGCGUCAUAACAGUACAAACGAUAGCGCUUCCAGCAAACUCUCAAAUACUCUGCGCACUCCUUGUUUUCUACAAACCACCUUCAACUCUGUCCAAGGGCCAAAUUUUACUUCAAAUGGCGCCAACAUCAGCCUCCAAAGAUACUUCCAAUGCGACAAACGUCGAAUCCCCCAGGAGUAGUAAGUUUUCCACACUUCCAGACACUUCGCAUUUAGGGUUGAGAUGUAGGUACCAAGCGGAAGAGAGUCCCCUCCAAGAGCCCAGCUCCAAAACGCCAUCUAUCUUCCAGCUCCACCCCAACUCAGAAGCCACGUGGAUACGGAGAGUUUGCAGAUGAGGAAGACACUAUUGCUAUGGAUCCGUUGUCCAGGACAACCCCUAGCCUACAACCAGCCAGUCCAAACUCCCCAGAACAUGCGAUGACCCGCUUGGUAGCCUUCCUGCGCGCGGUUUUCAUAUCCGCAGGCCAAGUAGCAGUCAUGGCAUGCCUCAGAUAAACGUUUCCCGCCUCAGCGCUAGCAAACGGUCACCAGCAAGAACACAAGAUUACCAAAAGGAAGAGCGGUCAAGAUCUUGUUCUGCGGCAAGUGACGUCUCCGAACCAGAUCUUGUGAUGGAUCAGCAGGUGUCAGUUUUCGGGGCUAAACAUGGAAUGCGCGGAAGAUACAGACAUGCUCAGGAGAAUACAGAUACUGAACAAGCUGGAGACUGUGCGAAUACUCUCGGAGAAUUGAGCACCACCUCUCUUCCCGAACUUGUUUCCGAACAAGAAACCGACCCCUCUGGCACAACGAGUUCCGAGCCUAAACUUGUAACUCCCAACGGCCAGCAAGCUACCUUCGCAGAAGUUUCUUCGCCCUCCGCAACUUCCGACCUGAUCUCAGACUAUGUUCCCAACUUCCCAUCACUCACAAUCUUCCAUAUCAGAAUGCACGAUGGCGAGAUUCGUUCUGUAGCUUACGAACCAAUGCACGACAUGAUUAUCGAUAUUCUCCCAGAGACCGCAGAUGAUCAUCCUGGUUGUCAAAUCAUCGUUGGAAAUGAAGGCAGUCCUGAUCUUGUCGCUGCUAUGAAUACUCUCAUCAAAGCCCCAGAACCAAUAGUCUUUGACAGCACAAUCGUAAAUAUCUGCAAGGAGUAUCUAGUAUCGCCACAAUCCUUUCCAAACCACCCUCUACUCCAGGAAGAACUCGACGACAUAACAUUUGCUCGAGAAAAGUCAACUCCUCCUUUCUUUCUCUACCUCCUCCCUGAGGCUCAGGUAGAAUUCUUCACGACUUGGGAUAUUACCUUGGAAGAGGUAGACAAAUCUGCAUUCGAAAAGGACUUCAACUACUCUUUCCACGAUGCUCGCAGAAACCUCGAAGAUUUACUCCAGUCCCAAGCUAUUGAUAUGGCGCUCCGAUGGGUUCUUUCAGUUAUCAAAUCUCUCGAACUAGAGAAUCUCCCGGAUUUGCGACAUUACCCUGAACGAGAAGCUCUUUGGCGGUCAAAGAUAACUAACAGCGAUCUCAGAGUGUUUCUUGAACCUCUUGCCCCCGCAGUCGACGCCAAUGAAGUUCUCGGUGAUACGAGCGAGUUUGGAGGUCUUGAAUACAUCACUAUGUCCUUUCUCCGACGUGUUGAUGACAUAUUUCUUUAUCAAAUUCUACAGCCUACAUUCCGUCCGUUUUCUCUUUGGAUCAUGAAUAACUUCUCUCGAAUUAUGACAGGAAAAGGCGUUUGCCUACAGUUGGGUCCUCCUGACGUGUACUGACAGACGGGUUUGGUUUCUAAAUUCGCUUCUCUGCGUAUCAUCAAUGUCAGGCCGUGGUGCCCAUGGCUGGAAUUCGUUGUACUUCCAGGUAAUAG